AUGCCUUACGUCUCCUCCGCGCGCUACGGCAAGGACAAUGUCCGCGUCCUCAAGGUCUCGCGCGACGCCAGCACCGGCAUCCAGUACGUCACCGAGAUGACCGUCUGCUGCCUGCUCGAGGGCGACAUCGACUCCUCCUACACGCGCGCCGACAACAGCGUCGUCGUCGCCACCGACUCCAUCAAGAACACCACCUUCAUCAUGGCCAAGCAGCACCCCGUCACCCCGCCAGAGCUGUUCGCCUCCAUCCUCGGCAACCACUUCAUCCAAAAGUACAACCACAUCCACGCCGCCAACGUCCGCGUCAUCACCAAGCGCUGGAACCGCAUGGACGUCGACGGCAAGCCGCACCCCCACAGCUUCAUCAAGGACGCCGGCGAGACCCGCAACGUCGAGGUCCGCGCCAGCCGCCGCGACGGCAUCGCCGUCACCAGCUCUAUUGCCGGCCUGUCCGUCCUCAAGAGCACCGGCUCUGCCUUCCACGGCUUCGUCCGCGACGAGUACACCACCCUGCCUGAGACCUGGGACCGCAUCCUCGCCACCGACGUCGAUGCUCGGUGGAACUGGAAGGUCUUCCCCGACCUGCGCGCCGUUGAGCGCAGCAUCCCCAAGUUCGACCGCGCCUUCGAGGCUGCUCGCAACAUCACCCUGAAGCUCUUUGCCGAGGACAACAGCGCCAGCGUCCAGAACACCAUGUACAAGAUGUGCGAGCAGAUCCUCGAGGCCGUCCCGGAGGUCGACAACGUCGCCUAUGCUCUGCCCAACAACCACAACUUUGAGCUUGACCUGACCUGGCACAAGGGCCUGAAGAACACUGGCGAGGAUGCCGAGGUCUACGUUCCCCAGUCCAACCCCAACGGCCUCAUCAAGUGCGAGGUCUCCCGAGAUGGACGGAAUCCCAACAUUGUUAGAGCCAAGAUUUAG